UCUUUUCUCUUCCUUACAGCUCACUCAGAGAACCUCCCAGAUCAAACCAGUUUCAUUUCCUCUUACAUCUAACAGAUUUAACUAAGGGGAAGGAAGGAAAAGCUGCUUCCUUCGCAUCGCCAUUCAACGAGAGCUCUUCUUUUGAUACAUUCCCAUAAGAAAACCAGCAAAAGACCGCACCAAAACAGCCCUUCAAACCCAUUUUCCGAUGGGCUUCUUCUUCUUUUUCUUCUUCUUCUCGUCGGCCUCAUCAAUGGCGUUCCUCAAAGCUCAGCCCCACAAACUCCAAUCAACCCAUCUCCUCGAUCUUUACAUCAGAGAUUACACAUUCAAGUCCCUUGACAACACAAUCAAAACAGGGACACUUCACAACGUCCCAUUGCCCCAAAAUUUCUCCGGCGUCAACGUCGACACGGCCAGGUUCCGAUGCGGAAGUUUACGGCGGUACGGCGCCAGGGUGAAGGAAUUCCAUCUGGGUGUCGGCGUUUCUCUGAACCCAUGUGCGGAGAGGAUAGUGAUCAUCCGACAAAAUUUGGGCUCCAAUUGGUCCUCCAUUUACUUCAACAACUACCAUUUAACUGGCUACCAAUUAGUGUCUUCAAUUUUGGGGCUUUUGGCUUAUAAUUCCGGCUAUUACAGUAAUAGUUCCAGUUCCGCUGUUCCAUUUGAGGUCGGAAUAUCCGCCGGAGAAAAACCCAUCACGAUAGACUUCAGAAACUCGACGAGAAUGGAGAAUGUUUCGGGAAUGAGGCCAAUUUGUGCGAGCUUUGAGAGGGAUGGGAGAGUGACUUUGGCGAAGGAAAUUUCGCCAUUGAUAUGCUCUGUUUUGAGACAGGGCCAUUUUGGGUUGGUAGUGGAGGAGCCAGAGCCGGUGGAGCUGAAGAAAAAGGAGCGGCCGUGGAAGGUAGCGAUCGGGAGCUCGAUUGGGGCGGCGAUCGGAGCGUUUCUGUUGGGGUUGCUUUUGGUGGCGAUGUUUGUUAGGGUGAAGAAGAGGACGAGAAUGGAGGAGCUGGAAAUUAGAGCGUACGAAGAGGAAGCUCUGCAGGUUUCAAUGGUCGGACACGUCAGAGCUCCGACCGCUCCGGGGACUCGAACUUUGCCGUCGAUCGAACAUGAAUAUUUGCCACCGUCUCGUCGACGCUGAGAUUUGAAGGUGUUUUUGGUCAGUUUUAGAGCUAUAUUCUUUUUGUAACAUUACUAAAAUGAAGAUUUUUAUUGUACAUUUGGAAUUGAUUUGCGAACACAAACACAACUUGUUUGGAUUUCGCUCCUUCUACAUGUUUCUGUUUUACAGAUUUUUAGUGAAAAUUUUAGCUUCAAUCGAUCUA